GUGCAGAGUCGUCCCCUGCCCACCUGGUGUCUAGCAGCCGGGCGGCUCGGAGGAGCUUCAGUCUGGAAAAAGCCCCGCUGAGUGAGAGAGUCUCGGAGAGACAGGCCAGCACAGAGCCUGUCAGGAGACGACCAGGGAGACCCAAAGGUUCAGGGAAGAAGAAGAACCUGUCAGACAGCAGCAAUAAGAACGCAGCCCCUCUGCUCAGCUGGCCGGCUGUGGCCGUCCCCAGGAAGAGAGCCUGUGAAAAUCUGUUCCAGCUCAACGGGACUCCCAGGAAGGCCCUGAGGGGGACGAGGGAGGCCCACCUGUUCCCCCUGCCCCCGGCCCCUGUCUCUGCCCCGACCAAGGGCCUGUUCAGCAGCAGCUCCUUCGAGGUUGACUCCUUCAGCAGCAUCGCUAACGGCUACUCCUCCUUCUGUAGCACCCAGCCCACCGGCAUGUCCCUGGGUUCCAGGACCGGGCCCUAUGUCCAGAGACGGAGGCCCGGCGAGGUUCCGCGGAGCAGCAGGAAGAGCGGUCAGGAGUUCCUGGUCAAACUGGAUCACGAGGGGGUGACUUCACCCAAGACGAAGAACAGCAAGGCCCUGCUGCUGCUGGGCGGUGGCUCUGGGUUCGGGGCCAAAGGCGUGGGCGGCCYCCCCAGGCCUGAGGCCUACUCYCACCCAGUCCUGCUGGUCAAGGACAACAGGAAGGGAGGUUCUGCCUCGAGGGCUGAGCUCCUCCUUAAGGGUGCCCCUCCUCCRCAGAGGAAGGCUUCUCCCUCCCUGGCUAUGGGGGACUACGGUGUCGGCGAGCUGGGUCUCAGCUGCCAUCGGGACUGCCACAGCUCCUACUCGGACCUGGACGACGAAGAGGAGGAGGAAGAKGAGGAGAGGAGGAGGAGAAGGGCGGCUGCGCUGGCCACAGCAGCCUCUGGAGGCCUGAGGACGGCGGGAAGCUUUCUCUCGCGCCUCUCCGUCUCAUCCUCUUCCUCUGGUUCCUCAAGUUCAUCCAGCUCAGGGGCCUCCAUGUCCAGUUCCAGCCUGUGCUCCUCGGAUAACGACUCGUCCUACAGCUCGGAGGAUGAAGAGAGCUCCACGCUGCUGCUACAGAGCUGCCUGUCCUCCCACCAUGGCCUGCUGCAGUCCCCUGAGCCCCCGGCCGCAGCCGGCCCCACCAGGGCCAACAGUCCUUCGUGGCCAAGGCUGUGGCCGUAUCCAACACCAAGGGAGGAGAGCCACCAACGACCACAGUGCCAACAACAAGCUUCUCAAAAGGAAGGAGUGCGGCAGCUCGUCCCCCUCCAAACCCCCCAGAGACCUGGUGAAGAGGCAGAGGAUUAUCCCCGAUGAUGCAGGACCAAGACCAAGAUGAACACGUUCCUACCGGGAAGACAGAUGUGGAGGUGGUCGGGGAACCCCACUCAGAGGCGGGGGCUGAAGGGGAAGUCCAGGAAGCUGUUCUACAAGGCCAUCGUACGGGGAAGGGACGUGGUGCGAGUGGGCGACUGUGCC